AGUCUUAAGUUUAAUUUUAAAAACACCCAGAGAGCUCGCCACUUUAAUGUCCAGAGGCAGAGAGCUCCACAGCUUAGGGGUGUAAAAACAAAAAGCUCUCUGACCAGUGCUUGUGUGAGAAACAAAUAUUUGCUGUUUCUUAACUAUGAAAUGUAAAAAAACAACUUUAUUAGUGCAAAUCACAUGUUGGGCAACAUACUUUUUAAAAGCUGUUUUAUCAGUUAAAUAAACAGGUGUAGACCUACUCUAUCUUCAAGUUAAUUUUAAAUACACUAUCACAUUUAUUCUUGUAUUUAAGUCCAAAUUAAAGCUCCAGUAAGGGUUUUUUAGCUGCUAAUGAAACAGGCUGAAAUGAAUGUUGAUGUCUCUUUAUGAGCAACAAAAGCAAACAAGACUGUUAACAGGAAGAGAUACUGUUUCUAUAUAGUCAUUGGUGAGUCUGAAUACCACUGAUAGGUAGGUGUCAGAUUGAGUGAUGUCAGCCCUUCUUCACGUCCCCCUGCAGAGUGUUCUGUUUGACUGCUAAAAGAGUGCAGGGUGAGAAAUUAGUCAGCCCAGCAGUUUAAGCAUUUCCAUACCCCUCAGUCAUCAUCCCUAACUCCUUCCUCCCCUCAUUUCUCGUCUCUCUUCAGCUGUCCUGUUGGAGUUAUUUGACAUCACAGCAGCACCGGGAAGCAGGAAGACACUGGAGCAGCUUGACUACAGUGUGCUGAAAGGGACAAAAUGAACUCCCAUCAACAACUCGAACACCUUGUGGCGCCGUCUGCCCGGAGAUGAAGCAGAGUGGAGCGGAUGCAGAGAGAGAGGUUAUCCCGGCAGCCGAGUGAAUCUGGAGCACAAAUGAAUUAAGGGAGAAUUAAGGAGCCUGCCUCUCCAAAUCUCUGCACGGAUGAAAGUGCUAUCACUGGCAGGUGCCAUAUUGGAAAUGCUGACCACCUGAUCUAACUUCUGUUGAGCUGGAGUGAGGUAAAGAGGCAGGCCGCAACCCUGUGAAGACUUUGAGUUCCCACACAUGGAGGAUGAUAAGGAGGAUGAUGAAGAAGAGGACUGUCUGAACCAGCUGCAUCAACACUUAUGGCUGUCCACCAGUGAGUUUGGUCCUGCUCACGUUGUCUGCCUGCUUUGAGUCCAAUCCAAACUACACUCCCUGACCCGCCAGAGCUGGUAUUGUGUUCCCUUUCACCUCCCAGACCCGCUUCGUUUGCCUGAAAGUGACUCCCGCCACCUCUCAUGGAUGGAAAGAGAUCGUCCAUGUGAGAGUUUGAUGGACAGAUGAGCUCCCAGCCUGAAAAUGGAGACGCUACAAAGUGAGCUUCACAUCGGCGAGGAGGAGCGCAGGGGAGCCACUGCGAUGCGCUCAGACGGGGACGCGUCGGAGUUGAAAUAAGGGAAGCAAAAGGAAGAGGGGGGAGAUUUUUCCGGCGAGGAUGACUGAUUGGUGACAAAGAAAACGGGGAGCCCCUCUGGCUUCGGCUGCUAGAACUUGACGGAAGGCGAUCAGGGGGACCUGCGUGCUCUGACUUGGACAGCCCAAGGUUUUUGAUCAUCUUUAUUUUUGGAGGGGAACCAUGCCUGUCCGGAGGGGUCACGUUGCGCCACAAAACACAUUUUUGGGAGUAAUUAUCCGGAAAUUCGAAGGACAAAAUAAGAAAUUCAUCAUAGCCAAUGCCCGGGUGCAGAACUGCGCUAUCAUCUACUGUAAUGACGGCUUCUGCGAGAUGACAGGCUUCUCCCGGCCGGACGUCAUGCAGAAGCCGUGCACGUGCGACUUCCUGCACGGCGAGUUCACCACCCGGCACUCGGUGGCCCAGGUGGCCCAGGCUCUGCUGGGCUCGGAGGAGCGCAAGGUGGAGAUCACCUACCACCGCAAGGAUGGUUCAGACUUCCUGUGCGCCACCCACAUCAUCCCCGUGAAGAACGAGGAGGGCGUGGUCAUGAUGUUCAUCCUCAACUUCGAUUACAUCCUGGACGAAGGCAGCAGCGACUCGCUGGAGAGACUCAACCACACCUCGCCGUCCAAAGCUGAUCAACGCAAAGGGAGAUUCUUUCGCUUCCGCUUCCCGGCUCUCCCUCUCCUGGGCAUCAGCAAGCAGUCCCUUCCCCAAGAAGACCCCGAUGCCGUCAUGGUGGAUUCCCCCCGCCACAGCGACGGCUCUGUGGCCACACGCGACUACCAGCUCCCCAACACCCGGGAGAGCUGCAGCCCCUCCUACGCCAACGACACCCGCGCCCUCAUCGGCCCCAGCCACUGCUCCACCCCCGUGUCCGGGCCUUUGGACCACUCGUCGCCCAAGGGUCCGUGGAACCGGACGUACCCGGACCAAGCCACCGCCCCGACCUCGCAGCAGAGCCAAGAGGACACACUCAUCGCGGCGCCGUCAAUCCCGGGACUCACUCCAACGGCCUCCAGGGAGAGCGUGUGCAGCAUUCGCAGAGCGUCGUCUGUGCACGACAUGGAGGGCUUUGGGUCCAACUCCAAGAUGGCGUUCAGGGACAGACACGCCAGUGAAGGGCCGCUCAGUCAGAUCAAAUCCAGCCUGCUGGGCUCCACCUCCGACUCCAACCUCAACAAGUACAGCACCAUCAACAAAAUCCCGCUCAUCACGCUCAACUUCUCCGAGGCCAAUAACGAGAAGAAGUGCCCCUCCCCUCCGUCUUCAGAGAAAACCAUCAUCGCACCGAAAGUCAAAGACCGCACGCACAAUGUGACAGACAAGGUCACACAGGUCCUUUCUCUGGGUGCAGACGUGCUGCCCGAGUACAAGCUCCAAACCCCCCGCAUGGACAAGUGGACCAUCCUUCACUACAGCCCCUUCAAAGCGGUGUGGGACUGGCUGAUCCUGCUGCUCGUCAUCUACACGGCCAUUUUCACGCCUUACUCGGCUGCCUUCCUCCUCAACGACAUCGAGGAGCAGAGGAGGCGGGAGUGCGGCUACUCCUGCUCGCCGCUCAACGUGGUGGAUCUCAUCGUGGACAUUAUGUUCAUCGUGGACAUCCUCAUAAACUUUAGAACCACCUACGUCAACAUCAACGAGGAGGUGGUCAGCCACCCGGCCAAGAUCGCCAUCCAUUACUUCAAAGGCUGGUUCCUCAUAGACAUGGUGGCCGCCAUCCCGUUUGACCUGCUCAUCUUUGGCUCAGGAUCAGAUGAGACCACCACUCUGAUUGGCCUGCUGAAGACAGCCCGCCUGUUACGGCUGGUGCGAGUGGCCCGUAAGCUGGACCGCUACUCAGAGUACGGUGCUGCCGUCCUCAUGCUGCUCAUGUGCAUCUUUGCCCUCAUCGCUCAUUGGCUGGCGUGCAUCUGGUACGCCAUUGGCAACGUGGAGAAGCCUUAUCUGGAGCAUAAGAUCGGCUGGCUGGACAACCUGGGGGUGUCGAUAGGGAAAAAAUACAACUACAGUGACCCCAGCUCCGGCCCGUCAAUCAAAGAUAAGUACGUCACAGCGCUCUACUUCACCUUCAGCAGUCUGACGAGCGUGGGCUUUGGGAACGUCUCCCCCAACACCAACUCUGAGAAGAUAUUUUCCAUCUGCGUCAUGCUCAUUGGAUCUCUAAUGUACGCCAGCAUCUUCGGGAACGUGUCCGCCAUCAUCCAGCGGUUGUAUUCAGGUACGGCCCGGUAUCACCUCCAGAUGCUCCGGGUCAAAGAGUUCAUCCGCUUCCACCAGAUCCCGAACCCGCUGAGGCAGAGGCUGGAGGAGUACUUCCAGCACGCGUGGUCGUACACCAACGGCAUCGACAUGAACAUGGUCCUGAAGGGUUUCCCAGAGUGCCUGCAGGCAGAUAUCUGCCUCCACCUCAACAAGAACCUCCUCCAGGGCUGCAAGGCGUUUCGCGGGGCCACUAAGGGCUGCCUCCGGGCGCUGGCCAUGAGGUUCAAGACCACCCACGCCCCACCUGGAGACACCCUGGUCCACGGCGGAGACGUGCUGACCGCGCUCUACUUUGUCUCACGUGGAUCCAUCGAGAUCCUGAAAGAUGACGUGGUGGUGGCCAUAUUGGGUAAGAACGACAUCUUUGGCGAGUUGAUCCACCUCUUCUCCAAGCCGGGGAAAUCCUGCGCCGACGUGCGUGCGCUGAGCUACUGCGACCUCCACACCAUCACCAGGGAGGAGAUUCUGGAGGUGCUGGACAUGUACCCCGAAUUCGCCGACCACUUCCUAACGAACCUGGAGCUGACCUUUGACCUCCGGGAUGAAAACCCCAAGAACAACAAGCAGUCCACUGAUUCCAACAUGGACGACAUGGAGUGUCCCAGACGUCUGUCUUACAGAAGGAAAUCCUCCUCAGGCGCCCACAACAAGGAGCCAGCAGCCGCCUACUGCGACGCCGCAUCGGGGAGGCCGCUCUACGCCUCCUCAGCGGCCGAGGACAGGAGAGAAUCCGCCGCCGAGGAGGGAGAGGACGAGGAUGAGGAGGAGGAGGAGGAGGGCAGGGAGGAGGAGGAGGAGCAGAGGCCCCUGUGCUCUGGUGUGCUGGGAUACCCGGUGGUGAGGGACCACACCCUGGGGCUCGGGCUGAGCGGCGCCGCAGAAGCACAGGCGGGAGACAACUCACAGAAUCAGGCGUAUAAAGAGCUCCGCGCAGAGGAGUGGGUGCAUCAGCGUCCAGACGAGGCCGCGGAGGAGUCGGCGCAGUGUCAGGAGACGCCUGCCGGAGAGGAGGACAGCGACACGGACCUCACGUACGGGGAGGUGGAGCAACGGCUGGACCUGCUGCAGCAGCAUCUCAACAGACUGGAGUCCCAGAUGACGUCAGACAUCCAAGCCAUCCUGCAGCUCCUCCAGAGGCAGACCACAUCCGGCCCCCCCGCAUACAGCACCGUCACCUCCAGCCCUGAGUACCAGAGGCCGGCCAUCAGGUGCCAGCCUGUGUCCGCCAUCCAGCCAGAGCUCAGCCUGGCUCCUCCUCCUCCUCCUCCUCCACCUCGGCCACAGAGUCCUGUCCUGGAAAAGGCCUCAAACAAACCCAAAGAAACCUCCCCGGUCCUCCUCCACACAGAGACUCUAGCGGACGGUAACUUUGCAGGACUGCUGGAGAGCGACACGGACGCAGAGCAGAGACACGCGCUUAACGGCGUGGACUCUGUAGAGCCGCACAACCACCACCACCACCAACAGGCGCAGAGGCUCCCUUCGAGCCGGCAAGCGUCUCUACCCGACGUCCCCAGCAGCUCAGGAAUGUUGGGUCUCCACAGGCCAGUUUCUGACCCGGGGCUUCCAGGAAAGUAGUCUUUGCCCGAUGCUCUUCUCUCCAAGCUUGACUCAGGGUCUAAGAAAGAGACUGAAUAUGCAAAGGAAAACAAACUGUAGACUUUCUUCCAUUCCUUUUGGGAAAACAAACCCUCCCCCACCCUUCCAGCGCUCUGAUUCUAAUGUAUAAAGUCCAUUUAUACAGAGGUAUUUAUACACUAUAUUAUUAUUACCACAUGUAAAGUCACCAUCUACCUACGGUGUACAUACUUCAAUAGAACACUGCCAGCAACACGAGGCACCUGAUGUGCUUUUUCUACUGCAGAUAUGCAUGUUUCUGUUCCUCACGGUUCCUUUUCUGUUCUGCCGCAUGUUCCCUCUCACACACGCACACACACACACACACACAGAUGCACUGCAGCUCACCACGGGAUCAGGUGUGUUUUCAGCAUGCUCACAGAUGACUGUAGCUCACAAGUGUGGUUUUCUACAGCUCCUCCUGUUUGGUGGGGGGAAAAAAAACCUACUUGAAAAUCUGUCAGGCAUUUCUGUAAUGCUGUUUUGCUGCACGAUGAUCUGUGUUUCAACAUCGACAGCUGAAAUGAACCCGCUCCAAAUCUGUAGAAAACGCCAACAUCCCAUAUAGCACAAGAAGCUGUUAUCCCUCUUUGAGAGCAAUAAUAAGGAACCAGUUGAAAUCACUCUGCAGAUCAUUUCCUACAGCCUACCUGCAGAAAGAGGAAGCCUCUUCUACAGCGUCUGGUGAUUGUUUUGCUUUGUUCAAAUCCACUUGCUCAAAAAGAAAGCUUUCAGUUGUGGGUUUAGUAGAUUUGAAAUGUAGAAGUUCCACAUUGAAGCACCUGCAUCGUAUCAGCAGAAGAGUAGAAAUGGGGCGAGAUCUGCAAGUGGUUGAAACUUUUGAAGGACUUUCAUGCAGAGGCAGUUUGGGGGGUUUCUAGAAUCUCUUCAGACUAAAACGACUUCAUCAAAAUCUUAACUUCUUAGAUGAAGUGCUGGAGCACCCCCUCUUUCUUCUGUCAGAUUGAUUUGAUAUAACAGGAGUGAUCAGGUUUUCCCUGGUGUCACACACACAGUUGUAAAUAGCUUGACGUCCCCAAACUGCCUCAACGCCGUCCUUUAAAAGCUGCUGAACAGGAAGUGACUCUGAAUCUCCUCAGCUGGACAGAUUUUGGACCAUCUCUACAGAUAGUUUUGGUUGCAUGCUUUAGGUCUUCCAUUAUCUUCUUAAAAAGUACAUACAAAUGUUUCUCUUUCAAAGCGUUAUCCGUGAAGUGACAAAAAAAGACAUGUUGGGCCAAGGACACGGCUCCGCCUCUGAUAGCCUUAGCUUUCUAAGCCUGCUCUAGCCUUUACAAACAGCAUCUGUUGCCCGAUGCAACAGACACCCGCUCCUCCACUGUCACACAUGUAAAUGUACUGAACUGUUUGUAGGCUGAACUGCAUGUUGACAAAUGAAUUAGUCAUUUUAGUUUUCUAACCACUCCAACUCGAGCUCACGUAUUGCAUGGAGACUGCACUCGAUGAAAUGAUACCAGGUCUCAAUGAACCGUUUGGAAGGUACGGCACAUUACUCAUAACAGAGAUGUAACGGUUAGACCUAUUUUUCUAAGAAGUAUUUAAUUUUUUUCUGUUAUUUUUCUAUGUAACUUAUUGUUUUGAACCCCUCUGACGUUAGUAAGGCUGCCGGGCGGACGACGACGUGAAGAUGAACGCAACGCAACGCAUAGCCUUUCAAUGUAGCAAGCAAGACGUCAGACAGGCGACGCCGUCAGCCGCGUGCUGCGUUUCCUGUACGCUGUUCAAAGAGUUUGUCUUGAUUUAAUAUUGCACAUAAUCAUAGUAACACUGACUUCUCCCUCCCUCCGAACUCUGAGCUCAUUUAGUGUGUUGAGACAGACUUCAGUUUCCAGAUGUUUCCAGCAGAGAGCAGGGGGGUCUUUUCUUUGAUAAGCUUCCUUUCCUCGAGCACACGUGUAGAACAAAAGUUGCUAACUCGAGUCGUCCACUGAACUUUGAUGGAAUUGCAAAGUUUUGCACAGAGAUUAGAAAAAGAAAAAGAAAAAAAAAAGUUGCUGUACUGGAUCUAAAUGUCACUUUUUAAAUCUAGUGCUGUUCACAAUUGUUUUUAUGCAUUUUUUAAAUGUUUGCCACUGUAUUUUAUACAAUGCAACACUUAACAGCUAAUUUGAAUGUUUCUGUUCUGAACUUAUAUUUAAAGAAAUGAACUAUAUUGUGUAAAUAGACUUUGGGGGGGAAAUGCGCAAUUGUAUAAAUUAAUAAACAAUGCAUACUGA